AGUCAUUUCUACAUUGUAAUCAAAGUCAAAGUCGUGAGCAUUCAUAUAAAUGAUGAAUCCGAAACAUGUUGAGGGAGCUGAAAAAUCGGCCAAGUCCGCAGUGGCUACUGAGUUUUCGGCAAAAAUGAGUAAAGAGGAGUCGACAAAGGAGUCUUCGGUAUCCAAGCGAACAGUUCGUAAAGAUCAGAUAGUAAAACCAAACAAUGAAAAAAGUGCGAGAAGUCUUAAAUCUCCAACAAAACAGUUCAGUGUGGUGCCACGUUUGAAACGCCCAGACCCCACUUCUACUCCUUUGAUGCCUAUCGAUGAGAAAUUCAGAAAACGAUGGCACAUUGAAGGAAUCAUCGGUAAAGGUGGUUAUGGCGAAAUUUAUUUGGCAAUCGACAUGAAAUUGGCAGAAGAAGUGGCAAUAAAGGCAGAACCAUUGGUACGAAAAGGCAAAAUUGCCAGGCGAAUGAUUUUGGAACAAGCAGUUCUCGUAAAACUCCAAGGGAAGCCUCAUGUUCCUUGGAUUUUUGGAUCCGGUCACACAGAAAACUUCAAUUUCAUUGUGCUUCAACUGCUAAGUGCCAAUCUUGGAGAUAUUCGUCGAAUGAGUCCCACACGUAAAUUGAGCAAGUCAUCAGUUGGAAGAAUCGCCGUUCAGGCCAUUGCUGCUCUGCGAGAUCUACACGACGUCGGGUAUCUCCAUAGAGAUAUUAAGCCAGGAAAUAUGUGUUUUGGUAUCACUUCCAAAACACGUCAUGUUUUGAUGCUUCUCGACUUUGGUCUGGUACGUAGAUACAAAGAUCCAGAUGGUGAAUGGCGAACUCAUCGGGUUAAAGCUGGUUUCCGAGGCACUCAAAGAUAUGUAUCUACUCGUGUUCAUCGUCGGCUCGAACAGACACCGACAGACGACAUGGUGUCCUUGUUGUACACAUUGAUUGAGUUGCUGGCUGGAGAGCUUCCGUGGAGAAAUAUUGAAAACAGUGAUGCCAUCUGGAAAAUGAAAGAUGAAUUGCAUCAUGGCCAAAUUGAUCACUUCCAUGAAUCGUCUCAAGAGCUGAUUGAAUUUUCUCAACUCGUAUCACGUCUCGACCCAAUGUCUGAACUUCCGUAUACUACUCUUCAAGCAUCCGUCAAAAAGUUGUACCUUCCGAAAAAGUUGUCAGAUCCGUAUGAUUGGGAAGAAAACUUCAAAGACGCCUUGUUGGAGAAGCCACGUUCUACUGAAGACAGCUCCUAGUACUUAUUUUUCUUGUAUUUCCAUAUGAGUUUACAAUAAAAAUUAUUUUAGAAUAUG